ACAUUAGGGUUUAACAGAGUGCCGCCCCUGUUACUCUUUCACUCCAUAGACAGAGAACGAAACCCUAGGUCGAGCCAGAGCCACCGUCAAUGGGUCGCGUCAUCAGAGCUCAACGUAAGGGAGCGGGCUCCGUCUUCAAGUCCCACACCCACCACCGCAAGGGCCCGGCCCGCUUCCGCUCCCUCGACUACGGCGAGCGCAACGGCUACCUCAAGGGCGUCGUCACCGACAUCAUCCACGACCCCGGUCGCGGUGCCCCGCUCGCUCGCGUCAGCUUCCGUCAUCCUUUCCGGUACAAGAAGCAGAACGAGCUCUUCGUUGCCGCCGAGGGGCUCUACACCGGCCAGUUUAUUUACUGCGGGAAGAAGGCCAAUUUGGUCGUCGGAAAUGUGUUGCCGGUCAGAUCUAUUCCCGAGGGAGCUGUGGUGUGUAAUGUCGAGCACCACGUCGGCGACCGCGGAACCCUAGCUAGGGCUUCGGGGGAUUACGCCGUGGUUAUUAGUCACAACCCUGAUAAUGAUACCUCAAGAAUCAAGCUUCCUUCUGGUGCCAAGAAGAUUGUUCCAAGUGGUUGCCGUGCCAUGAUUGGUCAAGUUGCAGGUGGAGGCAGAACUGAGAAGCCUAUGCUCAAGGCCGGUAAUGCUUACCACAAGUUCAGAGUGAAGAGGAACUGCUGGCCUAAGGUGCGUGGUGUGGCUAUGAAUCCUGUUGAGCAUCCUCACGGAGGAGGUAACCACCAGCAUAUUGGUCAUGCUAGCACAGUCAGGCGUGAUGCUCCUCCUGGGCAGAAGGUUGGUCUCAUUGCUGCUAGGAGAACUGGUCGUCUCAGAGGACAAGCUGCUGCGACUGCCUCCAAGGAGAAGGCUUAGAGUUGAUUUUACUUUUUACGUGUUCUGUUUAUUUGAUUGUUCUGUUUUGGUACCGGCUAUUUUGCUCAAUAGAUUUUAUCAUGUACUAGUGUGUGCUUCAUGUUGUUGGAAAAAUUUUGUUUAUCAAGAGUUGGAAUUCCUAUA